AUGUCAAAUCUGACGUACAUACCUCACGGAGAUAAGAGAAGAAACGAGUAUCUGAAAAGAUACCUGGAGUCGCUGUCAAUAUGCGGAGUUUCGCACGUGUUCAGUUACCCAUUUGACACAGGGUACACGAGACUGGCGUCAAAUUAUAAAAAUAAUAGUAAAGUGGGAGCAUAUUUGAAAGAUACAUGGAAAAAUAGAGGAAUAAAAAAUAUGUACGCCGGGUUCUCACUGUGUUUGGUGUCAACAGCAACACACCUGUUGAUAACAAUACCCCUGGACCAAAAUAUGCAAUACAGGGUAAUAAAAAGCAUCAACGAGGAAAUAGCGAAAAAUCCAAUACUAAAUUCAAACAUAAAGGCAAUAAAACCAAAAGAGCUGAAGCCUGUGGAGUUGUUCCCAUUUAACCUGAUAUUCGCAACGAUUUCAUCAUUCAUAUCGAGGACAGUAACGUACCCAAUAAACACACUAAAAGUCAAGUACCAGUACCACACGUAUAGAGAAAACUGCGACUACAAGAGCUUUAUGUCAACGCUGAAGAGGAACAAUGGACUCACGCUGAAGAGACUGUACUCAGGAUUCGGAAUGAAGUGUUGCCUGUUUCUACCAGAGUGCCUGUUGUACGGCACACUAUACUCAGCAGUUGUAAGAUUCUUGUCAUAA